AUGGCGAAAGAUACACCGAAAAAUAUGGAAGUCGACGAAUUACUGGACUACGACUUCACAAAAUUUGAUUUGAGUCCUAUGACUCAAUGUGAUCUUGCUGAUGACCGUUCUGCUGGUGAUCGUCCCGUCGAUGACCGUUCUGCUGGUGAUCGUCCCGUCGAUGACCGUUCUGCUGGUGAUCGUCCCGUCGAUGACCGUUCUGCUGGUGAUCGUCCCGUCGAUAACCGUUCUGUUGGUGAUCAUCCCGUUGGUGAUAAUCAACCAGUUGAUCGUCCUACAAUUUCUCGUCCUGCAGUUGCUACAAUUUCUCGUCCUGCAGUUGCUACAAUUUCUCGUCCUGCUGUUGCUAAAAUUUCUCGUCCUGCAGUUGCUACAAUUUCUUGUCCUGCAGUCGAUCGUCCUACAACGGCUAGAAUUUCUCGUCCUGCAGCCCAACAUGUUAGAAUUUCUCGUCCUGCAGUUGAUCAUAUAACUUCUCGUUCUACUGUUGAUCGUCCUGGAACUUCUGGUCCUGAUGCAGUUCAUCAUCCUACUGAUGAUCCUAUUGUUGAAAACGAGAGCGAUGUUUUAGAUUUACAGAGACAUAGAGGAAGAAGGAGUGGAGUUCGCCGGCAACAAGAACGAUUCAUGCAGUUUUUAUAUCAAUUGUCAUCUGCUCACUACAAUUGGG